GUGGAAGGUGCUCGACGGAGCGCCUCUGUGAUAAAGUGGACGUCAACGGGGUUAGUGUGUGCUGAGGGUCUGACUUUCGCCGCCUGGAGGAGGAGGGAGUGACAGUAGCUAGGAGCCGGUUUCACCGUCUGCUUGAACUUGACACAAUGGGAUUUGAACACUAUGCUUUAUGGAUACUGCAGUAGUCUUAGCCAGAAACCAUGGAAUUUUAUGAUUCUCAGUAUCUCAUCAUCAUCAUCCCAGCAGUAGUAAUUGCUAUAAUAUUUUUGUUCUUCUGGCUAUUUAUGAAGGAAACAUCAUAUGAUGAAAUACUUGCUAAACAAAAAAGAGAUAUAAAACUUGUUCCGGCAAAAGUUGAUAAAAAGAAAAAUGAAAAGAAAAAGAAGAAGAAAGAGAAUCCAAAUGGGAAUUUGCAUGAAUCUGAUUCAGAAAGCGCAAUGCGAGACAUAGAAUUGAUGGAUGCAUUGACACAAGAUAAUGAACCACCUGUUCAUGUUGUGUCACCUGUAGUUGAAGUUUCAGCUGGAUUAAAAGAGAGGAGGAAAAAAGACAAAAAAACACCGCGACUUGUACUGGAAGAACCUUUGGGCAGAGACUCUGAUGGAUUAAAACCUGCAGCAAAGAAAAAUGACCCCUUCCCAGUUACUAAACAACCUACUCCUCCAGAAAUGUCAAGUUCUAAAAGAAAGACUGGGCACAAGAAGCACAAGAAUGGCGCAGCUGCUACUGUGUCUGAGCAGUUUGAUAGCUCCCAGAUUUAUCCAGACAGAUCGGAAAUUGCUGCACAUUUUGCAGAGUCGAAAGGACAGGGAUCUUCUUUGCGGAGACAGGACAAUGAACCGGCUCAAGAUGUUCACAGUGCUCUUGUCAAAGAACACGCUGAAUCAGUUCAAACGGUUACCAAAAAGCAAGAAUCAGUGCUUGCAUCAAUGGAAACUAAACUACAUGAAAGUGGACUCUCAAAAAGAAAAACUGCACCAAAAAAACCAAGGGUAGAACCAGUUUCAGCUUCCGUGGAGAAUCUCCCAUUGAAGUGCACAGUCUACACAGCUUUGGAUAAUGCUGAGGGUGGUGCUCAUGCUGAAAAGAGGGAUACUGUGGUUGAUGACAAGAACCAAGUAAUCAGUAGUGGUGUGCCGAAACCCAUUGCCAAAAAACAGAGGAACGAAUAUGAUACAGAAAACACCGAUAUCAAGUUUAAGGAUUUUCUUUCUUCUUUGAAAACCAUGACAUUCACAGAGGAAGAGGCUAUCUAUGUGGCUGACAUUCUGAAAGAGAAAGCUAGUGUGCUUCAAGAAAUUUGGCAGAAACCUGGAGUAAAAUGUGAUCCAGUUCAUGGAUUACAACAGCAGUUGCAGGAGCAAGAGAAGUUGCUUCAAGCUUUGCAAGAUGAAGUUAAUCUUUCAAAUGAUAAAUGCAAACAGUUGAAUCAGGAAUUAGUGACUGAAAAGCAGAAAGCCAAUGUAGUUGAGACCAAACUAAGAGAACAACGCACUGCCCUUGAAAAAGAACUCGCAGCAUUGCAAAACAAGCUGCAAGUCAGCUACCAGGAUCAUAUGAAUGAAACCCAGAUGCAGUUUCGCCAGCUGCAAGAUCAAACUGAAGCAUUGAAACAAGAGAACAGGAUCCUGAGAGAUGCUGUGAGCAAGGCCCCCACCCAAAUGGAGAGCAAGCAGUCAACAGAACUGAAUAAAUUACGUCAGGAUUAUGCCAGAUUAAUGAAUGAAUUUACGGAGAAAACUAACCGUCUUCAACAGGAAGAGGCACAGAAAAAGAAUUUGGAGGUUUCUUAUGAGCAGACUGUUCAACAGCUCAAGACUCAGUUGCAGGAGGAAGUUGAAAGGAGACAAGAGGAUAUGCAGAAAUUUCUCAGGAACGUAACUGCAGAGCAUGAGAAACGGCUGACAGAGGUUCAGGGUACAAAACAAGAUUUACAAAGUAAACUUCUGGUUGCUGAAAAUGAACUUGGCAGUAAAACCAAAGAGAUCCAGAGCUUGCACAGUAAACUCACUGAUACCAUGGUGUCCAAACAGCAACUAGAACAAAAGAUUAUGCAGCUGGUAACUGCAGAACAAAAGCGAGCUACUGCAGAUGAGGCCCUGAAGAAACAAGUGCAGGAUCUUCUGGAACAGAAACAAGCUAUGAAUGCUCAGAUGCAAAAUCUUCAUGCCCAAGUGACAUCACAGGCUUCUGCGGCAUGUGUAGUGGAUGAGUUGCAGAAAAAGAUUGUGGAGCAAGACAAGCAAAUAAAGUUGAUGGAGGAAUCAUUGGAAGAUACGCAACUUUGUGUAAAAAGCAAAGAGGAGGACAUACAGAGUUUGCAAAAAGAGAAAAAUACCUUAACAGCUGAAGUGCAGAAGCUACAGGUUCAGACAUCUGAACAGGCUUCAGCUUUAUGUAUGUUGGAACAGAUGCAAAAAGGUCUUCAAGAGCGGAAUGAAAAAAUAAAAACAGUUGAAGAGUUGUUAGAAACUGGACUCAUUGAAGUGGCAAACAAAGGGGCAGAAAUUGAGAAUUUGCGGGAGGAAAAUAGAAACUUAAACCAAGAAAUUCAAGAGCUUCAAAUGAAAAAUGAUGAACAGGUUGCUUCUGCAUCCAUGGUAUCAAAACUACAGAAAAUAAUCAAUGAGAAGAAUGAAAAAAUUAACUUCAUUCAAAGUCUAUUGGAGUCAAAGUUGUGUGCAAUAGAAAGCAAUGAGAAAACAAUACAGGAUUUACAAAAGGAAAAGGAACUACUCAGCGAGCAAGCAAAAAAUGCUCAACAGGUUUCUACUGCACCAAAACUGGAUGAUCUUGAGAAAGUAAUUAGUAUGCAAGAACAAGAAAUUACCUCUUUGAAAGCUGCAUUAACAGACAGUAGUGAAGCAGCUGCUAGCAAGAUGCGUGAAAUUCAGGGCAUUCUGCAAGAAAAUGAUGAAUUGAAAUUGCAGAUUCACCAGUUACAUUUAGACAUUAGUAAGCAAGCCGAUUCUGUAUCUAUGGUGGCAGAACUGAAGGAAACCCUUGUUGUAAAGGAUACAAAGAUCAAAAAAGUUGAAGACCAGUUGGAAAAGGAGCUGCUCAAGUUAGAACACAAUGAGCAAAGAUUUAAGGAGUUGCAAGAUGAUCAUGAUUUGCUCAAGAAGCAAGUGGAAAAUGUCCAACUUCUAACAGCAGAGCAGGUCUCCACUAAAGCAAAUCUGAUUAAAGAAUCACAAGCUAUGAUUGAAGCAAAAGAACAAGAAAUUAAUAACUUGAAGGCUCUCCUGUCAGAUAGUAGAGAAGAAAUUGCUAGCUAUGUGACAAAGCUGCAGGAUUUUCAGCAUCAGAAUGCAGGAUUGAAAAUUCAAAUUCAGCAAUUGCAUGAGAAAACCAAUGAACAAGACUCUGCACUACUGAAGAGUGAAGUACUGCUGAAUGUACUUUCAGAAAAAGAUAAAGAGAUUGAUUCUUUGCUCCGAGAAACAGAUUCCCUAAAGACAGCUGUUAAUCAACAAAGGAAGAAAAAUAAUGAACUUCGGGAGAAAAACUGGAAAGCAAUGGAAGCAUUGACAUCAACUGAAAAAAUGUUGCAGGACAAAGUGAACAAGACAGCCAAGGAGAAAGAUCAACAAGUUGCUGCUGUACAGUCGCUGACUAAAGAUGUUUUGAAAAGUUUGUUUCCCAGGGUGUUGGUGCCUUCUACCUUGGAAUAUUCGGAAUGGCUGCAGGAGUUUGAGAUAGCGGCACAAAAAAGUUUAUCUUCAUUGCUAGCAGAGCAAACAAAGGUCAUAGAACACAAAGAAAAGGAAGGCGAGGAGAUGCAUGCAAUGUUGCAGUUAGAGUGUGAAAAGUACAAGACAGUACUUGCUGAAACGGAAGGAAUUUUACAGAGGUUGCAAAGCAGUGUUGAAGAGGAGGAAGGUAAAUGGAAAUUGAAAUUGGAAGAAUCGCAGAAGGCAUUGAUACAGAUGCAGUCAACAGUUUGCACAUUGGAACAAGAGUUGGAAAUGGUGAAGCAUGAGAAAACAGAGGCUGAAAGACUUAGAAAACAAAAUAAUCACCUUGCAUCUGAGUUGGAAAAGGUGGAAUCAGAGAGAGCAACUUGUGUAACUGAAGUCAGAGAACUCAAAGUUCUGUUGACCGAAUUACAGAAAAAGCUUGAUGAUUCUUGUGCUGAAGCAAUAAAGCAGAAUGAAGAACUAAGUUUGCUUAAAACUCAGUUAAGUGAAACAUUAACAAAACUGAAGAUUGAGCAGAAUGAGACACAGAAUGUGGUUUCCAGUCUUUAUAAGGCUCAAGAAUGUUUGAAUGGUAUUCAGGCAGAAAUUGCAAGAACAGAGAGCGAUGACAAUGCCUUAGCUAAUAGUGACAUUUCAGAAGUGAAGUUAGAUGUCAAGGAAACCUCUUUGGAUCUUGAUCAGAAUAUAAUUCAACUUCAGCAACUACUAAAAUCUCUGAUUCUUCAGCUCUCAAAAGGACGGGAAAAUUCUCAACAUGUUACUUUACAGCUUGAUCAAAAGGUGACUGGGGUGCUGAAGGAAGGAGACUCUGUUUGAAGAUGGUGCUGUGGUUUGCACCUUGAUUUGCCAAAUUAAAGCCUUAUUUAUGUUUCUUGCCCUUCUUAAUUGAGACACUGAAUAGAGCUUUACUUUUGUGUUUUUUUUAAAUGUUGGAUUAAACUACUGAUUCAAAAAUAUUGUAGGCAGCUUGAGAGUUUUUAGUUUUCUAAAAUGUUGUAUCUAGUCUUUACAUUCCUAAAUGCAAAUAAAUUCUUUACAUUUUUUUGCUAAAUGCCUAUGUUGGCUACUGGCAAAUAUAAUUUGGGCAAAACCAGGAGCUAAAAAUAAAUCUAGCAGCAAAUUUGCUUUUGGGGUUAAAUUAAGAUUUCAGGGUUAGCUGCUAACUUUCAGCAUUACACACUCCUCAUGUUGCUAACAUAGAAAAUCUGAAGAAUGUUGUAAUAGUGAACCUAAAUAAAGGGAUGCUUGUUUCUCAGCCAAAAGUUCAACUGCAGUGUGGUCAGAUGAAAUGUUAAUGUAGAUAGCAGUCUGCCAGUUGAUUUCUAUACAUGUCCCUUUUAUGGGGGUCAAAUGCUGUUGAAUAAUCAGCAAUAAAUGGUGAAUGUUCAGUUACUGCUAAUUUAACAGUGCAAACUCUUUCUGUUAAGUGGGCUUAUCAUACAGUCGACCUGUGGUGCAUUGGAGGCAUUUGUGGCUGCAUACCCAAGCUGCUAGUUUUUAAAAAAAUGGUUUAUAGAUGGGAAGAAAGAAGGUUAAACAGUUCAAAUUAAUGCUGCUUUGAUAUUUUACUGUUUUCUUUAAGAUAAAAUUGAAAUCAAGGAGCUGCCAUUUUAAUAAAGUUAUAAACUGUAAAUAAGGCCUGUGUAAAAAUGAGGGAAAAAUAAAAUCUCCUUUGCAUCUUAA